AUGUCGAAAUCUCUGCCACUACUUCGGGGGAGUAUCUCGUUAAAAUCAGCUCUGGAGAACGAUGAUAACAUACUUCAAGAGUUAUCCUACCCUGAUCAGCGAAUUGAUUUCUUUGUUUAUCUCUUUGCUCGUCGCCGCGAAAUUGAAGCUACCGUUUCAUACCAUCUUGGUUUUGGGGUAGAUAUGUGUCGAAUGGGGGGUGUCGAUGAAUGGAUAGCAGGUAGCUUCAACGUUUGCAUACCAAUUUAUAUCGACAAAAGGGCUAAGCACCACGCUAGAAGGGUGCUUAUUAGGCUUCCUCUGCCGUACAAGGUAGGGGAAUCAAAACACCCAGGGAAUGCGGAGGAGAAACUCCGAUGUGAGGCUGCUGCCUUUAUCUGGAUCCAGGAAAACUGUCCUACUGUUCCAAUACCGUAUUUAUGGGGAUUCGGGUUUCCAGGGGGUCGGAGUUUCACCACACCUAAUAAAAUGCCAUUUCACGCUCGACUCAUGUGGUACGUUCGACGAGCAGUAUUAUCCUUAUUCAGAUAUCCUCGUCCCUGUCGAUACAUAGGCCACACAUGUCCUCACGCUCUCGGGGUUGGAUAUCUUAUUAUGGAUUAUAUCGAAGAGUCGGAUGGGAAAAUGCUUUCGGAAUCCUGGGAGCAGCUACGACACGACUAUGAUCGAAGAACCAACCUUUUUCGGAGUUUAUCACGCAUUAUCCUCUCGUUAGCUCAGUUACCUCUACCACGUAUAGGAUCUUUAACAAUUGACGACCGUGGGGUUUUGGCUCUAUCAAACCGCCCGUUAACACUCCGGCUUCAUCAUCUAGAAAAUGAGGGAGUCAAAACCAACAUCGACAGAGAUCUUACCUACUCUACUACGGAGUCUUAUUUACUCGAUCUCUUAGCAUGUCACGACAGCCGUAUACGGUUUCAGCCUAAUUCUAUUCGCGAUGAGUACGACGGUCGGGCACAGAUGGCCGUUAUAGCAGCUAUGCGAGCAAUUUACCCUCAUUUCACUAGCCGCGAUGUUCGUCAUGGCCCCUUUAUUUUUAACCUCACAGACCUACACCAGAGCAAUAUAUUCGUCGACGAUGAUUGGAAUGUUAAGUUCCUAGUUGACCUAGAAUGGUCAUCCUCAUUACCGAUCGAAAUGCUACACCCUCCAUAUUGGCUAACGAGUCGAGGAGUCGAUCAGCUACCGAAGGGGGAAUAUCUAGACGCCUAUAGCAGCGUUCAUGAAGAGUUUAUGACUGCUUUUGAAGAGGAAGAGGCGCUGCUUCCUCCGACAAAUGGAGGCCCUUUAUCUCAUAUUAUGAGACGAGGAUGGAAGAUUGGUAACUUUUGGUAUUUCCAGGCUUUAGAGAGUCCGAAAGGGCUAUGUAAUAUGUUCCUCCAGCAUAUUCAGCCAAAAUUCGAGGAAUCGCACUGUGAUAACCCAAUUUUCGAUGAUGUCGUGGCGCCAUAUUGGGGCGUUGAUGCAGCCGAAGUCAUAUCAAAGAAACUCAAGGAUAAAGAAGUGUACGAUGAUCAGUUACGGAAAGCAUUUGAAAAUGUUGUUGAAGAACCCAAAGACAGCAAUUCUGACGAGGGUGGGUGA